CUGAAUCGGUGCAGUCUGCUGCGACGUGUGACAUCGGUUGUCGUUUUUGUUUUUGUGGAUAGUCGGCUGUUGCAGGCCUGCAUCGCUCAUCGCUGGAAAAUCGCCCGGAAUCUCGUUCCGGUGUUCUGUGGUGAUUUUUUUUCUGUGUGCUCAAUGAAAUUCGGUGAAUAAAUUUUAGUGCCGCUUGCUUGCCGGGGAUUUACGUUGCAGCGAACCCACUGCACGGCACCACUCUGGACCGAUGGCGCUUCCGUACUCCUGAGGAGGAACCUCUGGUCCUCCAACAGUUCCUCAGGUUCGACGAAACCAGAGCCAUAACGCAGCAAUUGCUUUUGGCGCAACAGGCCCUUCAGGAACCCACGCUGGAGCGCCUAGAGCGUCACCACUCGCCUCACCCACGUCGGGCGAUGUCGCCGAACCAUCGACCGUCACCGACGACUCUAUCAGCGUCCGCCUUCCACCCGACCAGGUUACAAUCGACCGUGACGAUGUCGCCGCACCAGAAGCAUUCGCUCAACUUCAUCAGCCUGCCCCACAACGGGCCGAUGUCGGCCGGCUCGCCGCCGAACAGCCUGAACGCCCCUUUGAAUUCGUCGCCGCUGAACCGCCUGCAGAACAUGCAGCCGUUCGAUUUCAGAAAACUGGGCGCCGGCCUGGCGGCCUUCUCGCCGAAUCGACUGAGCCCGGAACGGCGGAGGAUGUCCGAGAACGAGACGAUGGGAUUGAACCUCAGCAGAACGAGUUCGAUAGCUUCUUGUCUGCCGCCGCCUCCGCCGCCCGCCGCCACUACCUCUCUGACACCUUCCACUGUAGCGAUGGUGAAUUUAGUAGCCAACACCUUCCCGGGUUUGAUGUCGACGCGGAUGCCGACUAGGAGUAAAUCUCCGUCGAACGCGGACGUUCUGAGUACCGGAAAUACCAAUAGUGAAGAGGACGAUGACGGCGAUGAAAAUUCGCAUAGUGCGUUAAAUUUAACCAAGGACAAAAUUCCGAAGCAAACGCGAAUGUUACCGGGUAGAAAACCGUCCACUCCGACGAAACGAACGUGGGGUUCGCCGAAUAUACCGAUCAACCUCGGUACCCAGUUCAUAAAUCCGGCUACGGGUAAAAAGCGAGUUCAAUGCAACGUUUGCCUAAAGACAUUCUGUGACAAAGGCGCUCUGAAAAUCCACUUUUCCGCCGUGCAUCUGCGCGAAAUGCACAAAUGCACGGUCGAAGGGUGCAACAUGAUGUUCAGUUCGAGGAGGUCGCGCAACCGCCACAGCGCGAACCCGAACCCGAAGCUGCAUUCGCCGCACCUCCGGCGGAAAAUAUCGCCGCACGACGGGCGAAGCGCCCAAGCACAUCCCAUUCUCAUCCCGCCUCAGCCGGGGCUUCCUCUUCCUGCUGGCGCUCUCGGUUCCCUUAAUCCGUUCGGACCCUUCCCUCUUCUCACUCCACCGCCUGACAUCAAAUAUCCCCCUCUUCCUUCGAUGGAUUUCAAGCAAACCUUAGAUCUUAGUAUACAACGAAUGAAAGAGAGCAAGGUUUCGUACCACGACCACGCGGCGAUUAGUUCCUUCCACCAUCACCAACAAUCCGACGACGACGACGAUGAUGACGGUAUUAUUAUGGUAGGCGGCGAUGAGGACGACGAAUUCGACAAGAAAGACAAAACCAACGGAACCAACGACAACGGCGUUCAAGACGCCCCGGAAGAUUUAGUGAUGCCCGCUAAGAAGCAGAAGAUGUCCGUAUCGGACGCCGAAGAGGACGUGGCCAGCAAUAUUGACAGCAACGAAGAUUCGCUCAGCGUCGUCGACGCCCACAGCCUCAAAGACGAGCCGAGCGUCCAGGUGAACAAGCGGAAGCGCAAGAGCCAAAACCCUACCAGGUGCGCGGUGCCCGUCAUGAUGGAAGACGCCGCGAGCGACGGGGACUCCUCCAACGACGUUUUCUCCGAGCGGCUAGCCGACCACGUGAAGCACGAGCAGGAAGAGAAGAUGGAGAAAAACGAUCCGCGCAUUGAGCCAGUACCUGUUGAAACCAAAAAAGAUUUAGACGUAUGCGACGAGUCACCAUUAGAUUUAGGCAAGAGGAGUCCGGACGUGAACGCCAACGACACCGAGAAAUCGGUGUCCAACGAAAUAAAAACCAGCAUAGCCCCGUUGUUUACGAUAGAUAAAUUGAAGAAAGAGAAACCGACGCACGAUGUAGACAACGCCGAGGAAUUGGACGAAAGGCCCGCUAGUUCGAUGGGAAGCAACAAAAGCGACGAGUCCUUCGACUCCACCAAUCCGUUGCGGCAAUUGGAGAGUCUGUCGCACGGGCACUUCAGCGAUCUGAUGGCCAGGGGUUUGCACCUGGGUUUGGGAGGUCAACCGCCGGCGUUUCCGCCGUUGGGCUUCAUGAUGGGAGCGGGACCGCCGAGCCCGGCGCGCUCGCAAACUUCCUCCGGCGGCAGCAGCAACGGGAGAGAUUCUCCCGAUGACAGCAGUCAACAUUUGUACGGGCACUUCGACAACGGGCAAUUUAUUAGCGGAGUAGACGUUCCGGUGGAUAAAGAUAAUCCGAGACGGUGCACUGCUUGCGGAAAAAUCUUCCAGAAUCACUUCGGCGUCAAAACGCAUUACCAAAACGUGCAUUUGAAGUUGAUGCACAAGUGCAACGUGGAUGGUUGCAACGCGGCGUUUCCUUCUAAAAGAAGCAGGGACAGGCAUAGUGCUAAUUUGAAUCUACAUCGAAAAUUACUCUCGACGACUUCCGACAAGAGUGCGGCCAGUUUGUUUUUGGAGAAAUCCGCGUUCGCUUCGCUGGCGAAUCCCGCCCUGCACGGCGACUUCCUCACGCGCCUCUACGCCGAAGAAGCCCUGAAGGGCCACCACUUGCCGCCGCCGAAUCUCGACCAGCUGAUGCUGAACGGCGAUCGACUACCUCACCCGCCGCUGCUGCUGCCGCCGCUCGGCGCCCUGCCGUUCCCCAUAGGAAACUUCAACCAUUUCGGCCAGUUCAACGGCUCGCUGUCGGCCGGCCAGCACAAGGAGCGCUCGUCGACGUCGAACUCGCCGCUGUCCGGGUCGCCGCCGCCGGCGAACCUCUCGCCCGCCCCCACGAAAUACGUCCACUGCGUCGAGGAGGACCUGCCGACGCCCGACAAGGAGGGCCAGCUGCCGUGCCGGCUGUGCAAGGCCGCCUUCGCGGCCGCCGCCCAGCUGAAGGACCACUGCGAGAAGCACCACGUGGCCGAAAUGUUCAAAUGUACUGUGAUGGGUUGUCCCAAAGUGUUCGUGUCGCGGACGAGGCGGAACGUCCACGCCGAAAAUGAAUCGCUCCACGCGAAUCCGCCGUCGAGGGACGCCGAGCAAUCGUGACCGUUAAAAAACGUUUUGGACUUUAGCGCGAUUCCGCUGUCGCUGUGGUGGUGAUCUAUUCGAGUACCUACAUGUCGAAGGGCCGUUCGCUUUUGUUGCGAUUUGUAAGGGUUUGGUAAAUUUUUUCGUUCGGGGAGGUUUGUGGAGAGGUUCGUCUGGUGAUUGAUUUUAUUCGUUUCCGUCCAUUAAUGUUUAUACUAUUAUUUGCAACAAUAAGAGCUUUAAAUUCAGUUUCUUCGGUGAGACGUUCAAUACGGGUUUUUUUUUACGUUGUAAUUAAUUUUUGUGAACGAUUGAUACAACCUAAUCGCAAGUUUUUAUUGAUUUACAACUUCCUCUAUACGAGUUUCUUAUAUUUUUUUUUUCAUUAGGCUUCGAGGAAGGGACACAAAUU